UUCGGCGACAGGCAGGCAAUCUCCCCCCUAGGCUUGGGGCCUCAGCUGAGCUCCCUUCGUGACUGGUUCAAGGCAGUUCAUAACUCAGGUGGUCUCAGGGACAGUUCAGAACACGGGUGGUCGGUGCACACAGCAGGGACAGUUCAGAACACAGGUGAACACUGGUGGUCGGUGCACACAGCAGGGACACUUCAAAACAAGGGUAGUCAGUGCACACAGCGGGGACAGUUCAGAACACGGGUGGUCUGUGUGCACAGCAGGGACAGUUCAGAACACGGGUGGUCGGUGCACACAGCAGGGACAGUUCAGAACACAGGUGGUCGGUGCACACAGCAGGGACAGUUCAGAACACGGGUGGUCGGUGCACACAGCAGGGACAGUUCAGAAAACAGGUGGUCGGUGCGCACAGCAGGGACAGUUCAGAACACGGGUGGUCGGUGCACACAGCAGGGGCAGUUCAGAACACGGGUAGUCGGUGCACACAGCAGGGACAAUUCAGGACACGGGUAGUCGGUGCACACAGCAGGGACAGUU